CAACUUCGAAAGAAAUAUUUGCUGAAACAGAGUACAGGGUCAGAACGCGUUAUGCAGAGUGUCCCUUGUCGGCGCCGGUUGGGGGGUCUUCGGGUUGUGACAGUUGUGGGAAUCGCGGUUACAGCUCUCACAGCACCUGCGCUAAGUACAGCGCAACACUAGACAAUGGCUGCGAUACAGCAACUGUACUGCGUGGCUGAGGAGAGAAGCGGUCACUGCGCUGCCAUGGACCAUAACAAUCUCUUUGUGUGGGGCGGUUAUGUGACAAUUGAAGAAAAUGAAGUGUACUUACCAAAUGAUGAAAUAUGGAUCUAUGAUAUCGAUAGUGGUUUGUGGACAAUGCGCUUAACAGAUGGUGAUUUGCCUCCUUCAAUGUCAGGGAGUUGUGGAGCAUGUGUUAAUGGCAAGUUUUAUAUCUUCGGAGGAUAUGAUGACAAAGGAUACAGCAACCAGCUCUUCUUUUUGGAUCUUCAUUCAAGUGGACAAUACACAUGGAAGCAUAUUAACAACUUUAAAGGCCAACCCCCCACAGCCCGAGAUAAACUUUCUUGCUGGGUUUAUGAUGACAGGUUAAUCUACUUUGGUGGAUAUGGAUGCAGAAAACACAAUGAACUAAAUGACUGCUUUGAUGUACAUGAUGCAUCAUGGGAAGGCCAGAUUUUCUGGGGUUGGAACAAUGAUAUCCAUGUUUUUGAUACAAGGACACAGACGUGGUUUCAGCCUGUUGUAAAAAAUUCUCCACCCCAGGCACGAGCAGCUCAUUCCUGUGCUCUGUUGGGUAACAAAGGAUACGUGUUUGGGGGUCGUGUUCUGCAAACAAGAAUGAACGAUUUGCAUUCUCUGAAUCUAGACACAUGGACAUGGUCUGGAGGUAUUCAAAUUAAUGGAAGGACUCCAAGAGGUAGAUCGUGGCAUACCUUAACACCAGUUGGAGAUAACCAUCUGUUUUUGUUUGGUGGCCUAAGUGAAGAAAGUGAACCUUUAAGUGAUGGCUGGAUUUACAGUAUAAAAACCAAUGAAUGGGAGCAGUUUCAACAUUUGCCAAAAGAUAGGCCAAGGUUGUGGCACACAGCCUGCCUUGGAAAAGAAAAUGAAGUGAUGGUCUUUGGUGGCAGUAAAGAUGAUUUACUUUCUCUAGACACAGGUCAUUGUAAUGAUUUGCUAAUCUUUCAGAUUCAGCCUUACUCACUUCUCAGGUUGUGCCUAGAUGCAGUUGGGAAAUCUUCUGUGUUAGAAAGACAAGUGUCCUGUUUACCCUCAAAACUCCUUCAGCAAGCAUUAAAGAAAAUCACCUUCUGGGCUGCAACCAAAUAUAGACAACAGAAAAGGAAUAAUUCUGUUGAAUAACAACAGAACUUGAGAUGUUUGAAAAGGAGACACUUAUUCAAUUCUAUUUGCACUUAACCCAUUUUGAAGAAUCUCCUGUAAACAAUGGAUUUGAAAGUUUAGGUUCACUAGUUACAUGUAGAAUUGUUACAUUAGCCAAACAUUUUUCAAUAGAUGUUUAUCGACACAGAAUAAUAAAUGUAAAUAAGGAGUCUCCCGUGCACUAAAAACAACAUAUAAACAUAAAGCCAUUCAUUUUUCGAGUACUUGGUAUUGGAAAUUAGCAAGUCAGCAAUUUCCUACAGCACUUCCGAGCAUUCAGUUGCCAGCUCUUGUGCUUCUUGGAAAUUGCAUGGCCUUUAUUUUAAACUGCUAAUGCCUGGCCUGGUGCUGGGUACUACUGACUGGGGAAAUAGUUCAUACCAAGCAGUUAUUUUAUCAGUAUUGCAAUGACUUUUCCAUACAGGCAAAAAAGAUGCUAUAUCUAAUUUAGGUAUAAAACUGUGAAAAAAUGUAAAGUAUUGUAUUUAUACUUGACUUUCAGAGCCAUCCUUUUUAACAGAGAAUAUUUUAUAUGUAAUUCUAUUUGUGAUUUUGCUGUUACACUUGUUUAAAAAUGUCAUAUGUUUAUGUGUUUGAAAUCAGUAAAGAAAUUACAUGUUUAUUGCUACAGUUUGCACUGGCUAGUGAGUCAUUAAAACCAUCAAAUGACCAACAAA